AGGCUUUGGUGGGAGGUGCCUUACUUUCUACGCGCUAGCCUGCCUCCCCUGCGCUGCGAUAGGAAUACACAAUUGAACAGAAGCUGCAAGCUUGGCAGGAGCUGCCUUCUUCGUGUCUCUUUAUUUGCCGGAUCCGUUAUUUUUUUGCCGACUGGGUCAUUGUCGCCCCCUCUCUAGGGUUUCGUCGUCUUUUUUAUUAUUAUUAUUAUCGUGUAUGUGGAUUUUUAUUAUCUUUUUCUGUAUUUUUUUUUCCGGGAGCCCUCGCCGGAGUUUCGACGCCGGGCCGGACUUAGUACUGGCGCGGAGGAGCUGUGCGGAGCUGUACCUCCUGCCCCGGACCCCGCCCGCGGAUCGGCCUCCCUGGCCCGGCGCCGGCCGCGGGUCCGCGGAGUAGCGAGUGCGCUACGCCGUGCCGCCGCCUCCCCGCGGAGCAGCAGAGGGAUGCUGCUGCGCCGCGGCCGGGCAUAGGUAGGAGCCGAGCGGGCGGGGGAGGGAGCGGAGGGAAGCAAGGAAAGACGGAAAGAAAAGAUCCCCCAGCCUCAAGGGGAGAGAAAGAAGACAGACGAGAAGGAGCGUGAAUGUGAAGGAAUGUGCCUGCCCGCUGCCGGAGACGCACGGUUGGGAUAAAAAAAAAAAAAAAAAAAAAAUCCAGGAGGCUGAUUCUUGCCACUUAUCAUCUGGAAAAAAAAAACAAAACAACCCACAACCAAACAAGCAACGGAAAAAAGAAAAGAGAGGAAAGAAAACCCCUGCGAUCGAAGAGGCUGAAGCGAGCAGCGCAAGAGGAGGGCACCUGGCGAAUGGCUCGGCCGUACCGGUGACUCCGCGGCCGCGGGAGGCUGCGCGGAGCAUGCCGUGCUGGCGGCGUGACUGAGCGGGGCGCUCCCGCCGCCCGCGCCGCCCUCCCCUCCGCCCCCCUCCGCCGCAUGCCGCCGGCAGCCGCGGCGCGCUGAUGCCCCGGGGCCGCGGCGGCGCUGCGGACGGCCCCUAGAAUGAGCGAGGGGGCUGCCGGCGCCGCGGCGCCCGGAGCGGCAGAGGCGGCGGCGGCGGGGGGCCCGGGCGGGGAUGGGGCCGGGGGUCCGCCGCGGGAGCUGCGCUGCAGCGACUGCAUCGUCUGGAACCGGCAGCAGACGUGGCUGUGCGUGGUGCCUCUCUUCAUCGGCUUCAUCGGCCUGGGGCUCAGCCUCAUGCUGCUCAAGUGGAUCGUGGUGGGCUCCGUCAAGGAGUACGUCCCCACCGAGCUGAUGGACGCCAAGGGCGUGGGGCAGGACCCCUUCUUCCUCUCCAAGCCCACCACCCCGCCCCGCGGCGCGGAGACCACCGCCGCCGCCACGCCGCGGCCACCCAGCCGCGUCAGCCCCCGCCUCACCACCAUGAGUCGAGCUCCCCCGCGACCUCCCGGCACCCGCGGACCAGCGCGGGGCGGCCCGCGGCCCACCGCGGCUCGGCAUCCCGCCGCGCCCCACACGGCGCCACCCGUCAGCGGCUCCCCCGGCACAGUCGGCCGCGGCGCCCGGCCGCCGCCCGCCGCCCCCAGCACCCCGCCGCUGCCCGCAUGGCCCACUGCGGCACACGCUACCUCCUCCUACAAGAUAUAUGUCCACGACUCGGCGCCGUCCUGGACCUUGUCUCCCUUUCAGGAGUCAACCACCACCACACCGGAGGCCAGCACGACCCCAAAAAUCCAUACUACAACGUAUUCCACUGAGCGAUCUGAGCACUUUAAGCCAUGCAAAGACAAGGAUCUUGCAUAUUGUCUCAAUGAAGGGGAAUGCUUUGUGAUUGAAACCUUAACAGGAUCACAUAAACACUGCCGGUGCAAAGAGGGCUACCAAGGAGUCCGCUGUGACCAAUUUUUGCCGAAAACCGACUCAAUCUUGUCAGAUCCAACAGACCAUUUAGGAAUUGAAUUCAUGGAGAGCGAAGAAGUGUACCAGCGCCAGGUGCUGUCUAUUUCCUGUAUCGUCUUUGGCAUAGUCGUAGUGGGCAUGCUUUGUGCAGCGUUCUACUUCAAAACAAAGAAACAAGCAAAGCAAAUUCAUGAACAGCUGAAAGAAACACAGAAUAGGAAAACCUACAGCCUAAACGCUUCCAGCAUGAUGGCAAAGUCAGAGUGUAUGGCACAAAGCCAAGUCCAGCUGCAAAAUUAUUCAAAAACAGAUAGGCAUCCUGGGCCUAUUCUUCACAAAGUUAUGGAGUCUAGUUUUUCAGGCCCUCAGUCUUUCCCAGAGGCCUUGUCUCCUGACAGAGGAACCCAGCCCAUCAAGCAACAUAGAAGUCUCUCUUCAUGCUGCAGCCCAGGACAAAAAAGUGGGAUGCUGCAUAGAAAUGCCUUUCGGAGGACUCCUCCCUUACCUCGGGGUAGGUUCAAUGGAAUUACAGGACCAGCAUAUCAACAGCUAGAAGAGUCAAGGAUCACAGACCAGGACACAAUACCUUGUCACGGGUAUUCAUCCAGUGGUUUAAAAACUCCUCAGAAUACUCCAAUAAAUAUGCAACUGCCUUCAAGAGAGACAACCCCUUAUUUUAAUAACAUGGAUCAGAAGGACUUGGUCGGCUAUUCAUCUUCAAGGGCCAACUCUGUUCCCAUCAUCCCGUCUGUGGGCUUGGACGAAGCCUGCAUGCAAAUGCAAAAUGUUUCUGAAGUAACAGGCAUCAAGUGGUGCAAAAACUCCUAUUCAGCUGAACUUGUCAAUGUGAGUUCCCCAGUCAGUAAUUGUCUUAUAGCAGAACAACACGAAGUGAAAAUAUUGCUAGAAACUGUGCAGGAGCAGAUUCGAAUUCUGACGGACGCAAGGCGGUCGGAGGACUAUGAACUGGCAAGAGUAGAAGCAGAGAACAGCACGAGUGAAAACACGGCCUUUCUGCCCAUGAGCCCCGUGGCCAAGUCAGAGCAAGAGGCACAAUUUGUCUUAAAAAGUGAAACGCAAAGGGACUCGGUAUUGACCAAGUGACUUUGUGUGGGGAUUUUGGGACGGGAAACAAUAUCUGUGCAUUUGAUGCUUUGUUAAACAGGAAGGGAGGAAAUUAAGUACAAAUUAUUUAUAUGCAUUAAUUUAAGAGCAUCUACUUAGAAGAAACCAAAUAGUCAAUCGCCCUCAUAUCAUAGUGUUUUUUAACAAAAUAUUUUUUUAAGGGAAAAGUUCCAGGAGGGAUGGCGUGUGCAUCAGGUGCUUUCUAGGCAGGAUUACACAUAAAGUUUUGGUUACAGAGCAUUUUACCAUGGUCCUCUUUAGCUGUCCAAAGGCUUAGGCUAUGCAUCCUCUUUCUUUCAGUAAAGGCCAAGACCAUUCUUAGAUUUAUUUCUGGUUUCAGGGCAGCGCUGCAGUCAGCUGCUGCCCAGGGACUCAGACAGUGGGGAGCAAGUCCCAUGACCCCACCACAGACCCAGUACCCUCUCCCCCUCUCCUCUUGGUUCCAGGUUCACACCAUGGCACGCAGACAUCUACUUCUGAGGUCUGGUACCUACUGUGGAAUGACAUUAAAUCCCUAAAUUGAGUCAGACACUUAACCUUCAACCUUACUUUAAUGUGUCACUAAGCCCAAGAAAGUCAAUAGAAACAUUUAGGAGCUGUGUCUUCAUCCAAGUGUGGAGUGGGAUCGGGCUCUGUAUUGGUAUGAUAUAUAAUAUAGGGUAGAGAUUCAGUGGUCAGGAGCCUGCAGGUGCUCCAUUUUCUGAGCUUUGACUGUCAGAGCAGCCUUAGUGGAGAGUGAGGAAAAACAAAAAGUCCAAAAGCAUUUAUUAUGGCAGGUUUGGGUUUUUUUGAGUGGGGACAUAAGUUUUGUUGUUCAUUAAUAACCCCUCAACAUUUCUAAACUGGUAUAUUUUGAAGGCAUUUGUAAGCUCUCAAGGAGCACUUCUGAGUGUGUGUGUAUUUUUUUAACUCAUUUUUUAUUACGGGUUGUUCAGAGAAGAGUCAGAAAGAUCCAGUAUGAUCAAACUUCAGCUGAUAAGUGUCCACACUGCCCUAAAUUGUUCCCACUUUCAGUUCUUCAAUCACUUCAAUUAAUCAUGGCUUAGGCUUGUGAACUUUAAAGCUUCAACCCUGCAGAUGGUUCUGUAUGGGCAGGCCCACAAGCAUGCACAGAUAUGAUUCUAAUUGAGCUAUAUAAGAGCAGAUGGUUUCCACCAAAUCACUCCCUGCAGGGAAUCAAGGCCUUGGAGAAGAAUUGUAAUUUCCUGGUUGCCAUAUCCCAAUCACAUUAUAAGCAUUUUUUUGCAUUUACUUUCUGUUGAGUUCCUCUUCCCGCCAUAAAUUGUAACACAAUAUGCCAAUAAUACAAGGAACUGGAUUCAGUGGCAUACACAUUACUGUUUUUAUUAGUGUUAAAAUAUCUCCUUAUUCAUGGGGAAAAGUAAAAUCAGCUAUAAUAAAUAAUUGCUAAAUAGCCUUCUGUUCAUGUCAAAAAAUUGAUUAAAAAACAAACUACAGUAUAUACAGAAUGUAAUAAGAUACUCCUUUGCAACAAAUUAAUUGUUAAAUUUUUAUGUGGCCCAGACUUUCCAGUUCACAAGUCUCAAGACUUCCCAAAAUAGCACAAUCAAUCAUGCAGUGCUGUUGUAUGUUGAGUCAGAAUAAAGCAAUAUUUUAACUUCUGUCAAGUAAAUUUGCAAAAGAAAUGCUGAAGGUGUAUGUCUUUUUUUUUUUUUUUUUUUUGUUAUGGCAGUAAAAAAAAUUGCUAUUCACAGUCUUCAUUCACCAAGUCUUAUUUUGGGUUUCUUUUGCCUUUUUGUUUUUAGUUUUGGCUUGGUUUUUUAAGAUAAAGUUGAUGAAAUUGUCUUGUAUACAGAACUUUCUAUGCUGUAACUUUUGCUGUGUAUUUUCAAUAAAAUUAUAUUUGAGGGCAAACUAUGCUUUAUGCCCCAGGAUGGAGCAUGCCUCGUUUGGAAUGCAUUCUUCAAAGACACAGGGCUUUUGCUAUAGCAGUAAUGUGCAAUAACCAUGAGGAGUGGUCUCACCCUGACAGGUUUCUGCAAUAUGUUGUGGCUGGGCACAGACUCACCAUGAAUGAGCUGAGCUAACUGCGCUGGGUAUGGCCCCAAGCCCACACCAAAUAAACCUUGUGAGAAAACAGGUGUUUUAGGUAGGCUCAGCUUCACAUCCCUACAAAUGACUUUUCUGUCAAUAUCCCACCAGCUCAGGACGUGAGCAAAGUGAGGUUGCCUCUGCCCAUAAGCCCUGUGAAUACACCUGUAAUAUAAAAACUGGCUACUAUAUAAAGCUCUGAUUCAAUAAUCUAUGAAGUGUGAUCACAGUUAAUUAAUUGUUCACACUUAGUAAUUAAUUUCAUCAAGAGAUGGUCUGUCUGCAAUAAAGUGCAGAAUCCUGCCCAGAUAGGUAUUUCAAAAUUAAAUCUUUUCAAUCCAGAUGUAAGGCCUUCUCACCCCCAUAUCCUACCAAACUCUGCAAAUUCACCUUUGGCAACAUAUUGUAAAUACACAGCAAAAUUUCUGUUCAAAAAAGAACCAUAUCAUAAGCAAUGCCUUUAUGGAGAGAAUGUGUUCACUCAGCACUCCUGAAAGGCCCAGAAAGAGGGGAAGAGCAAUGUAUUUAGGAGAAUGAAAUGUUUGACUGAAUGAUUGAUCUUAAAAUGGUAAGGAUAUCUUCAGUUCAUGUUAGAGAUGCGAUCUUGUAUUCAGCAAAGGAUGUGUGACUGUUAUAUGUUAACUGUUCUAUUCAGUUUUCAGCAUGUUUGAAUAGAGAGACAUUAAUAUUAACCAUAUGUCAGACUAGUGUAUUAUUUGUUAAGAGUAUCGCUUCAGAUCCUAUUGAAACUGUCAUUGUUUGCAGAGGAAAAGAAAAAGGUUUGAAAACAUCAAACUAGAUAGCCUUAAUGUCCUUUGUGUGUUUCUCUAAUGCACCAGUUUUUCUCCAUGGACCUUUCGAUUUUACAGUGAAUGGGACAAAAUUUUCCCUGAAGUCUGACAAUUAACUAUGUAGAGGACACAACGGAAAGUUGUACCAAAAUAACCAAAGUCAUAGGCCGAAUUUUGCAUUAUUUCUGACCUCUGUGAUCACACUGAACUCAGUUGAUUCAGAAGGGAUGUGAGUCAGUGUAGUUCAUUCCUAGAAUUACAUCUGUUCCUAUCCUUAGAAACAGACUGUAAUCCCUCUAAAAGAGUCUCUGAACUCAGUCAUUUACCUGUAAUGUAAUUAAAAAUUAUAUCUGACCUGUGGAGUUCCAAGUGUAGUGAAAAUUCACACAUGCAGCAUUACACUCGAGUAAACUGGAAGAACAGCUAACAAAAUAAAUUGAACUUCCUCUGAACUGAACAGAGAAAGCCUGUGUCUCUUCAGCAUGAUACUGUGGAGCAGAAUUAUGAGAGAAAUGUAUAUCCAGAUUUUUUUUCUUCUGUGUAGAAUUUCUUCAAAAUAACCCCCCCAAAAAUCCACUAGAAUGGUCUCAACAUUUGAAAUAGGAAAUGUAGGUGAGUAUGGGCCCAUUUCAUAGCAUUAACCACUGGAAAAUUCUUCAGUACACCCAUGACACAAAACUGGAAUGUUCUAAUUGUUGCACGAUUAAAUUUUGAUCAACAAAUGCAUCCAUGGAAAAAGAGCUUUUCACAAUGCUUUUGGUGUCUAGCCACGCUCCCAGCUGAUGUAGUCAAUGUAGCAGUUUAUAUUAAGAGAGGAUCACAUCCAAAAUCUCUUAUACUCAAUGUUCAGUUAAGUGCCACAAGGUUUAGUAGCCUUCUGCAUGGUGUAAGGACUUCCACACUGAUUUAUGGAGCUACAUUCAUUUUGCUUAUGGAAAUCAUAUUUGUGUCGCCCUCACUAGAACACGAUGCAAGAUUUGCUGCCCAAAUGAUUAGUUUGUCAGGUCAGUCUUUUACAAGGGCUGAAUAUCAGACCAGGUUCUAAAAACCAUGAACUUCCCAGCAAGUGGCUAAUUCCAGUUUUAUUAAUUAAAAUCCUACAGCUUCAGGUUUAAAUUCUGAAAAAACUAUGAGAUGAUGGCAUGUGCUCAUGACCAUGCAUGUGCUAGAUAUGUUCCUGAAUCAAUUGUUCAAUCAUAAGAUCAUAAGAAGAUGAUUCAUGUCCACGUCUCACAUAAGGAGAGAGAGAAUCUGGAUGCCUCUUCCCGAUUCAUCCCCAGCAAGGGCCACUUCUGCGCUGUCCUAUGCCUGCUUUGUUUUUUUAUGAAAUCACUGAAUUUCUAAUGGUUGAGCACCUUUACUCAUGUUCAAUUUUACCUUGCCCUCAGUUUUUGCUAUAAUUUAUAGCCUAAAGUUUGGGACAUUGGGACUGUCCGCUGAGUAAAUUUAAGGCCUAAAACAUUCAAAAUUUUUUGCGUGUACAUUUAUCUGCUUUUGGUAGACCUUAUGGGAAAUCUUUCCCUUGAAGAAACAUUUAUGCAGCCUGUGCUACAAGGCAUUUUCCUGCCACUCCUGCUGGUAUCAGCAUUUCCAGCCUCUGAGUGAGAUGCUCUCUUCAGGUUCUCCUGGGCACUGCGACCAGAAGCCUCUGAAUUCUUUCAGAGUACCAAUGACCAGAAGUCAUCUGAAGUGUCCUGAGCCAUAGUUAUAUAUCAGAACACUUCUGCCUAUUAAUAGUAAAAUGUCUCCAAAGUUUAAGACCUUUCAUAUGCAUUGCAUUGUUAUAUAAAAAAUAUAAUGCCAAAGUUUAUGAAAUUAAAAUUAUAUAGUAAAUAUUAUUGAUUUUAUCAAUGUCUUGCUUUGAAGGAAUAUGAAGUGAGAGCUCUCAGUUUUGUAAAUAUUUGGAAACUAAAAUACAAAUAAUAAUAAAAAAUAAUACAAAGAAUAAUUACUAUUGUAAAAUACAAAAGAUAGUUCCUUGCUUUCUCUGAAAUAAUCAGUAGUAGCUAAAGGUUAUCGAGAUGCAUUAGGGAAAUGAAAGAAGACACAGUGAGGGCAUUUUAUAAGUCAUGUCAGUAAUAUGACUAAGAUGGUGGGUUUUAAGUAAUUCAGGCUUAGAGUUUCCCUUGCUUGAAAAUACAUUAAGAUAAUGUUUCUUUCAUAAUAUAAAGCUUACUUCUAUACAGAGCUGAAACACGUAUCACCUACCUUAGCAUAAGCAGAACAGAAACGCAGUUUAGGUUUCACUAUGACUUUCUGACUCAAGCAUUAAUCUCACUUGCUUCAGAUUAUCUCUGAUUUCUUCCAGGAAAGAAUAAAUGAGUACCCAAAAAACCAAGAAAAUAAAUAUGAAUAAUUGAUGACUUCCUCCUCCCCUCCAAAAUCUACCAAUUAAUGCUGCGGAUAUUGAAUAUCAUAGAAAUAUCUGAGAUUUCGACCUUGAUGGGGAAAACAGCAGCUAGGAGAAUUACCACCCCCACCACCCCAGCAAGAUGCACACUGUGGAUUUCUGGAGAAGAGGGUAGGGAGCUUUGCCUGGCUCUCACAGAGGGUAGAACCUCCUGGCUAUGGCACAGCUUUUCCAUGGGUGAGGAGGGAUAGAUUUUGAGUUGGACCAGGAGAUGUCAUCUGAGAAACUUGCCUUACCUUUAUUUCUUUCUCAGAUCUCUGUCAAGUCAGUGAAACCAUGGUCAUCAGCGCUAGUUUAUUUUGUAAGUUAGUGAUUUCCAAAUUCUGGGAUCCUUUGAAGUGCUGAAUUUUGGAAGAAGAGACAUCUAAAAAAAAAAAGAAAAGUCAACAAAACCCCCCCAAAAAUGUCUUCUGUAAAUUUUUUUAACCAUCUUUACCUGAAAUGCUUACAUUACUUUAACUAUUUUUUUUUUAAAUUAGGUGUUACAAAUAUAAACUCCAAACAUAUAUAUUUACAUCAUGAUAACAGGACAUGGUUAAGAUCUGUGUGUCAUGUUUCUCUUCUGAUCUAGUUGAAGAUGUCCCUGCUCAUCUCAGGGGUGUUGGACUAGAUGACCUUCAAAAGUCCCCUCCAACCGAAACCAUUCUAACCAUUCCCUGAAAAACAUGUUCAAGUUACUUCUGUUAUUUUUUGGAUCGUUUAUAAAAUGGUGGAGAUUUCUGUGCACAUCAGUGGCCACUUUGAGUUUUACAUGGAAAGGUAAACAAAUUUGCAAACAAAAAAUGGACUACAUAAAACUUCCAUGUCAGACUCUAGUGGUGUACAAGUGGAGGCUGUUUCACUGAAAUCAUAGUUAUUGUGAAGGAAAUGAGGCUUCCAGAGGAAGAUAUUUAUGGUGGCUCAGCAGUUGAGCUGACUGAAAUAAAACCCAGGUUUCCACCUCCACAGUGCUAACCUAUGCUUCUUUCUAAUGCUGGCCCACCCCAAGCUGCAAGGUGUCUGAAGCUCCACCACUAGUGACUGUAUCAAAAGGCAGGUGUCAGCACUGACUUCUGCAAAAAUUCCUCUUAUUAAAUCAAAAUGAAAUAAUAUGAACUAAAAAUCGAUGGAACUGAUUCUCAAUUGCUGUCAGGUCAUAGUGAGCACUAGCAAUGGUGCUAAUUUACUGUUUCUGAGGCUGUGGCUCAUGAUUUGACGUGACCCAUGAGUUUCCAUUGUCCGUGCUGGAGCUAUCUGAGCAGAAAUUUCUCUGCCCAUCAGGGUAACAUUAUUAAAGCAGUUUUAUCCCAACUUACCUCAUUUUCUGCACUUCACUGUGUGUUGUCCUUGAUUAUUGUAGAGGUAAAGCUGCUUCCAAAGUCUGCUUUAAGUGCCACCUCAUAUCUGUCAGAGUAACUGGUUGUGAUCACUCAGCUUCAGUUUUAACAGUGGUGUAAGGUCCUCCAACUCUACAGAUCAGAUCUGGGUUUUGCAGUCCAAAAUCAUGUAUAUGUCGUAGUAUCAUAGAAUGGUUUGGAUUGGAAGGGACCUUAAAGAUCAUUUAGUUCCAGCCCCUCUGCCACAGGCAGGGACACCUUCCACUAGACCAGGUUGCUCAAAGCCCCAUGGAGCCUGGCCUUGAAUACAUACAGGGAUGGGGCAUCUCAGCAACCUGUUCCAGUACCUCACCACCCUCAUAGUGGUGGAAUAUGUACAAGCAAAACUGUCCAUACUUGUUCUGCACAAUUGUAUGCAUUCAGAUCUAAGCAUGGAUCAGCUGCCAGGCUGAUCUUUCACUGUUUUAUUUAACAAAGCUAUAUUUUAAAUAUAAUUUGCUAUGCUGCUUCUCUGUAUGUUGUAUAGAGAAGCAACGAAGGCAAGUUCAGCAUGUCUGCAUUUUCUGCUCAGCUAAUAAUAGUAGGUUUGUUGUCUUUUUUUUUUUUUUUUUUUAUCAAAGCAGCUUAGGAAACAAAGUUGUUAAAAUUCUGACCUCAGAGGAAAAACUGGUACCCUGGCAGGGGAAGGUUAUUCUGAGCAGAUACUUAUCUAGGCUGUCUUUCUUCCUAAGCAACCUUUCUUCCAAGAGUCAGUGUACCUAAAACACUUAAAACAUAAGCAAAGCUAAGGCAAAACAUGGACUCUGCCUUCUUUGCAAAGGGGUCAGGGGCACAAGUAAAGGCUAAUUACCAAAAACCUUUCUAGCUAGUUCCACUAGUAUUUGCACAGACUGGUAAUACUAAAAUGACUGCGUAUGAUUUGGUCACAUUUAUUUGCAGGCUGUGAUGUAUUUAAACUUAUAGCCUGCUUUAAAUUGUCGGUGAUUUGCAGUAUCUCAGGAUGGAGUUUCAGAGUGCUCAAGAUGGCAUUUACCACUCUCCUUAACCUCCAUCCCAGUUUCAUUUGACUAAAGGACAUUUCUAUUACAUGGGUAGAAGCGACACCGCAUUGCUGGAGGCGUGAGUGUCACAUUAAGCCCCGCAUAGCUUUUUGGUGAGCAAGGCAAAACACUCCUUCUUUCAACCUUGCAGGCAGUACUCUGGGCUGUGAGGGAGCAUACUGUAGGCUCAGCCCCUUUGUCAGGCAAGAAAUCAGGUUUCACAGUAGGGGAGGCCUCCUAAGCUAAAAAUGAAAAGCUGCCUCAAGAUUUGAGAUAAAAGGGUGACUUAGAAAAAAACCAACUAGAAAUCACAGUCCUUUAAAAACAGUUGUGGUUUUUAUUUCAAUUUCUCCAGUAAGUAGUUGAGUAGGUUUUUUUUAAAAUUGACACUUAGCUCAAUUUAAAGCUGUCUCUAGACAUUUUCAGAGAAUAAAGAGAGCACAUCCCAGUGCAAAUGCCUACACUCUAGGAAGGCGCUAUAGUUCAUAGACAACAUUCCAUCCUUGUGGGUAGGAUGUGGGCAUCAGUGCUUUGCCAGUCUUCCUUAAUUUGUUGACAAGACCCAGCAGCGCCCUGCACUCCUCACUCACUGGCUGCCGAUGAGACCUGCAGUAAAUCCCCUACUAAAAACACUUAAAAAUGAAACAAAGAUGAAGGAAAUGUGGCUUGUUCACUGUGAAUAUCCAGUUAGAAUAGUUGGAAUAACUGCAAGAGAAACAUUUGCCUUUGCAAAAUGAUUUAUUGGUUAAUAGUCUUUCAGUCCUCACUAUUUAGUCAAACAAGGACCAUAAGAUUUCCAGGUAUAAAAGUCGAAUGAUUGGUUCCUGGAUCUAGUUGUAAUGGUCACAAUUCUGAUAUUUCAGACUUUUUGCUGAGCACUGAUCAAGUAGAGUCAAUUGGGCUUCAUUCAAAUAGAUGAACUUGUAGAGUUACACCUGAUUUCCUUUAUUGAUCACUAGAUUCUUUCCAUAUCAUGUAAAAUUAUGUUUACUUUAAAACUGAUCUGUAGAUAUGAAUGGAACAGCAUCUAAUGUGGACUUGAAGUUUGAACCCUCUCAAUGCAUAGGGUGAGUCUUGUGAAAUCUUCAUUUUAGCAGCUGAAAGUCUUGAACCAUUCACUGAAAGACAAUUAUUUGAUUUCAACAAAAUUGAUUCUGCUGUUAAUAAAGUCACUGAUAAACACUUGAGCUGGAUUUGGGGCUUCUGAAUAAAAUAUAUAGAUAUAGAUAUGUAAAGCUACAUACACAAACUUCUUUUAGAACACAGAAAUGAAUGGUCCAACUUAAAGUUUAUUAAUCUAAAUAGCUGGAGAGAAUAUCCACUUAACCACAUAGCCUAAACACACUGAAGAAGGGGGGAAAGGUGUUUAUUUUCAACUGUAUUUAUUUUUUCACUGGUACAAACAGAAAUAAAAACAGAAGAAAAAUAA